GUUAGGAGGUACAGAGGUGUAGUUGGUGGUGUGACUUAGAUCAAUAGGAAGGUGUAGUGUGGGUGUUGGCACACAUGUGGGGGGGGGGGAGGUGAGUGAUAAGGACACACACUCACACUCCUGCCGGUCAUAAGCUCACAGAUAACACCUUCCUCACACUCGCAAUAUUGAGGUCAAUUACUGAAUUUUGGGUGAUUGUUGAAGAGUGGAUUGUUAGGUUAUAAGGGUGGUAAGGUGAGCUCUUAUUCCAACACGUCCUGGUGCAGUCAUCCGGAGGACAAACCCUUCAUGUGCACCUACUAUCAAGAAGAAGAACUCUUAUUACUGUUACUUGCCACCAUUAUUGGACAACCUUUCUUUUGUUUGGAUAAUGUGGUAGAGAUGUUGAGACCUAAAAGAAUAGAGUAUAACCAUAGAGUAGCAUAACAUCUUAUUCCCAGGACCAUGGCUGGCUCGGCUGCCGCACCAACAUCCUUGGUCGAGAUCUCUGUAUCCUGCAGGAACCUACGGGAUACUGAUGUCUUCUCCAAAUCUGAUCCUAUCUGUGUGUUGUUUUACCAACCUUUUGGAACAAAACAAUGGGAAGAGUUUAAACGAACUGAUUGUGUUAGUAACUCUCUCAAUCCAGAUUUUGCUACAAAAAUUCCUAUUACUUAUCACUUUGAAGAGCAGCAACACCUAAAAUUUUUGAUUUAUGACAUUGAUUACAAUUCUAAGGACCUUGAUCACCAUGAUUUUCUAGGAGAAUAUGAGUGCACUCUUGGUCAUUUAGUUAGUUCUCAUACAGUUCAUAAACCUUUGAUUAAUAAGAAUUACAGUGGCAAUAAUGGCUCUAUCCUGAUAAUUACAGAAGAACUUAGUUCAUGUAAAGAAGAGCUUAAUCUGCAGGUUGUUGGCAAGAAUCUUGAAAAUAGGAGUUGGUUUUUUUCUAUAAAUCCUUUCCUUGAGUUCUUUAAAGCAAACGAAGAUGGGACGUUCAUUCUGGUCCACCGCACAGAGACGUCUCAUAGUACACAAAACCCAGUUUGGAAGGAUUUUUCCGUACCUUUACGAAGCUUCUGUAAUGGCGAUUAUGAUCGUAACAUACAAGUAAGCUGCAAAGAUUUCAAAUCAAAUGGAAAUCACAAACUUAUUGGAAAUUUUUACACUACAGUACGAAAACUCAUUGAAGGGCCGGGCCCGAGCAACACAUAUUGGCUCAUCAAUGAAAACACGAAGAGGAAGAAAGGUAAUAGCUACAAGAACUCUGGAGAGGUGAUGAUUAAUAAAGCCCAUGUUCAUGAGAUUUUCUCUUUCAUCGACUACAUCAAGGGUGGCAUGGAGAUAAAUGCCUUUAUUGCCAUCGAUUUCACAGCAUCAAAUGGUAAUCCACAGUCACCACAGUCUCUGCACUUCAUCAACCCAGUGGCUCCAAAUCAAUAUGUUCAAGCUAUUCAAGCAGUUGGACACAUUAUUGAAGAUUAUGACACAGAUAAACACUUUCCAGUUCUUGGCUUUGGAGCCAAGAUUCCUCCAAGUUACGAUGCAGUGUCUCAUGAGUUUUUUGUCAAUGGGGAUGCAUCAAAUCCUUACUGUUUUGGAGUUCAAGGAGUUGUUGAUGCUUACUAUGGGUGUAUAAAUCGUGUUCAACUCUAUGGGCCCACCAAUUUUGCUCCCAUCAUCAAUCAUGUUACCCGCUUUGCUAUCUCUAAUCAGACUGGGGACAAAUACUUCAUUCUUCUCAUCCUUACUGAUGGUAUCAUCACUGAUAUGGCACAUACUAAAGAGGCAAUUGUUAAUGCUUCAUCCUUGCCACUGUCAAUCAUCAUUGUGGGAGUAGGUGGAGCAGAAUUUGACAGUAUGGAAGAACUAGAUGGAGACGUUGUGCGACUCUCCAGUAAUGGUGUGGCAUCAUCACUCCUGACACUAUGUAUCCUGUGAGUGCUACUUGGAUACCUUGUCUGCUGUCUGAAAUUACUUUAUUGGGACCACCUCUGUGUGCAGCAGUGUAAGGACUGAAGGACCGAAGGAUCGAAUGCUCACAGUGGUUAUCAACAGGGGUAAAAUGCUUAGAGAAUUUACAGUGAAUUUUGUCAGAUAUAGGUUGUGUCUGACUCAACCUACUGAAGCAGGGAAUCAGAGAAUCGGGUACAUCAAAAGUUUUUGAUGUGGUGCUAGUAUAAUGUGGAUUCCGUUUAUGGGGAUAGUAGAUUUAUAUAUGAGAGAGAAGGGUUCACUGAUACACCAUGUGUAGCUCUUGUAUACAAAUUUAUUAAACAUAAACAACACAAAAAUAUUUACACAUGGAUGGGGGGAACAAUUGUCUUUACAGUGUGUUGUAUAAGCAAAUCUAUGCACAGUAUCUGUGUGCGUUGACUAUACUCAAGAUAUGAAAGACCCUAGCUUAACACUUCAAUUUUGCACGCUCCACUAAUAAUGGCUGCCUAAUACCACUGCCAUAUUCCAUAGACAUUCAGGAGCUGAAAUGAUACUCGGGAGUAAAUUCCAUGCACAUAAAGCUGAUGCAUGGGAUAAUAGUCACAGACACAUGUUUGGUCAUGGACCAGCACUGCAUGUGAAAUGUCACUUUGAAUACCCACGCCAGACUGAGAAGAGCACCACCAGGCUCAUUGCGUUGCAUUUGAGCCCACGAAAUGUGAGUAAAUAGCAUACGCAAUAAAAAAUUUACUCACAAGAAUUCGCAUGCGUACACAUUCACAUGAGCACACUUCGUUGUUGUCAUUAUGAAUCAUUUAUACCACCACAGGAAUCGUCCACAGGUGAUAUGUUUCUGGAGGUAGUAACUAGCUUGUAGGUAAUAUAUGACUUGAAGUUCAGGGAGUCUGUCUUUCCUCUUCAAUACUCGUCCCAAGAAUGCUGUGACAGCUGGAUCUAGGUAACCAAGCUCACACCUCACAUCUCGUAAUGGAGACCAUCACGCACAACACCAGUCAGAAUAUAGUUUCCACCACAACUCGACACCUGACUUGGUGAACUAUGGGUCACUCGGAUGUCACUGGGAGUCGUAGGGAAGGGUCAGUUCGGCUGUAGGAGAGGUCGGGUUCAAACCUUGACCUUCCCCCUGCUACCUGCCUCAUUCUGUAGCACAAAAUAUGGCUGUGAUGCAUGACACAAGCGAGAUGUAUAACUCUUUUCAUCUGCUUGCAUAACCAGAAGUAGUACGUGUUCACUCAUAUUCCAACCGAGAUGUAAAUGGCAUUACUGAUCCAAAGAUACCCAACACGGGGGUACUGUGACCUGGCAUAAAUGUAAUAUAAUUUUCACAGUGCAUAGCACUGCAGUGAUGCUACCCCUCACAAAAAGUGUAUAUAUGCUAAACAAUACUAAAUAUUCUCUCUUGUACAGAACUCUGACAACUUGCAAACAUUGAAAUUAAGUAAUGAAAAUUAACAUAGCCAAAAAUCCAGCAAACUAACAAAUAAAGCAAAGCAAUUUGAUUACAGUAAUAACAAUGACAGCUAAACAUUACAUAUCAGUCAUUACACCUAACUUAUGGGACAUAGGACCCAUGUCCCAUUAGUCAGGACCUGACUUUUGGGACAUGGAUCCUUACUUUAGUUGUGCUGAUCUGACAACAGCCAAAAAUGCCUAGAUGGAGUCACCCUGCAGCCAUGGAGGGAAGGUAAACAGGUCGUAUGGGAUUACACGUGUGCAUCUACAUUGGCUGAUAUGUCC